UUUCCGUCAGUAUUGGAUAACGAUGACAGAUUGUUAAGCGUCCGGCGUUGUGUAUUUUUGCUAUUUUUUUGUAAUUAUUAAAAAAAUGUUUUAUCAUAUAUCACUGGAGCAUGAGAUUCUACUGCAUCCUCGCUACUUUGGACCGCAGCUGCUGGAGACGGUGAAGCAGAAAUUGUACUCGGAAGUGGAGGGAACCUGCACGGGCAAAUAUGGUUUUGUGAUUGCUGUCACGACCAUAGAUCAGAUCGGAUCUGGUGUCAUCCAGCCCGGACAGGGCUUUGUGGUGUACCCCGUCAAGUACAAGGCCAUUGUGUUUCGUCCCUUCAAGGGAGAAGUGCUGGAUGCAGUGGUAAAGCAGAUCAACAAAGUCGGGAUGUUUGCCGAAAUAGGACCACUGUCUUGUUUUAUAUCGCAUCAUUCUAUUCCCGCUGAUAUGCAAUUCUGUCCGAAUGGAAAUCCGCCCUGCUACAAGAGCAAAGACGAGGAUGUGGUCAUCUCGGGAGAGGACAAAAUACGUCUCAAGAUUGUGGGCACACGUGUGGAUGCCACAGGCAUAUUUGCCAUUGGCACUCUGAUGGAUGAUUAUUUGGGUCUCGUUUGCAACUAGGCAGGAAGUCAUCCCUUUUGUUGAUGUACAAUUUAAUUAUAUAUAUAUAUAUUAAACUUUAAUGAAAUGCAUUUAGACAGCUAAAUAUCUAUGUGUAUAUA